ACCGGAUUCAAUAAGACGAGGACAGAGAGAGAUCGGGAGAGGAGAGAGCGGUUCCUUGCUUCUCCUCCCUUCGCCGCCAAGUUAUCUUUUUCUCGUCGAGAUUCUCCCGUGCUCGGUUUGCUUAUUGACCGGCCGUGGCAUGGGCAGCAGGUCGGAGCCGCGAUUCCUGCAGGAACUCGCCCUUUACGCUGCCAGCGCCGCCCUUAGCUGCCUAGCGCUCUUCGUCGCCCUACGCAGCCUCGACCCCAACCGCGCCGCCAGCAAAAAGGCCGCCGAGCAGAAGAAGGAGAUCGCCAAGCGUCUCGGUCGCCCCCUCAUCCAAACCAACGCCUACGAGGAUGUGAUAGCGUGCGAUGUUAUCAACCCCGAUCAUAUAGAUGUCGAGUUUGACUCGAUUGGAGGCCUAGAGCGUGUAAAAGAGGCUUUAUUUGAACUCGUUAUCCUGCCUUUGAGAAGACCGGAAUUGUUUGCACAUGGAAAGCUGCUCGCUCCGCAGAAAGGAGUGCUGCUAUAUGGACCGCCAGGAACAGGGAAAACGAUGCUCGCAAAAGCCAUCGCAAAAGAAUCUGGGGCUGUUUUUAUCAACGUGAGGAUUUCAAAUUUGAUGAGCAAAUGGUUCGGUGAUGCGCAAAAGCUUGUGGCUGCUGUUUUCAGUUUGGCAUAUAAACUCCAGCCAUCCAUAAUAUUUAUUGAUGAAGUUGAUAGUUUUUUGGGGCAACGCCGCACGACUGAUCAUGAAGCUUUGACUAACAUGAAAACUGAGUUCAUGGCACUAUGGGAUGGUUUCACAACAGACCAGCAUGCCCGUGUGAUGGUCCUUGCUGCUACCAACCGACCAUCAGAACUUGACGAAGCUAUACUCCGUCGUCUUCCCCAAGCAUUUGAAAUUGGCAUUCCUGAUCGCAGUGAAAGAGCUAAGAUAUUGAAAGUUAUUUUGAAAGGCGAAAGUGUUGAAGAAGAUAUUGACUAUGAGUAUUUGGCUGGUCUAUGUGAGGGUUUCACUGGCUCGGAUUUACUCGAACUUUGUAAAAAAGCAGCUUAUUUUCCAGUCAGGGACCUCUUGGAAGCAGAAAAAAGUGGCCAACGGUUUCGUGCACCAAGAGCAUUGAAACAGUCUGAUCUGGAGAAUGCAUUGUCAACUUCUAAGAAGACAAAGGCUGUGACUGAUGAAUACAGUAUCAACUCACUGUUGUCUGAUUGGCCAAGGGUAAGUGGUCGGGACGAGUACCAUCUCACUUUAUCAGAAAUUACAAGGUUCCUGUCACGCAUUUCUUCCAAUCUUCAACCAGAGGGCCAGAACCAGGACUGAUAAUACAUAUUGCAGCUGCUAUUCAAGGAUUGCAUUGUUGCAUCUUGACGUAGAACAGUUGAGAAAGGCAGGUUGAACAAUUUUGCAAAUCUGAAGGUGAAUUUGACCAGCUUGUGGACCUUUCUUGUGUUACUGUAAUCAGCUAUUGCUGGUUGAAGUGUCAUUUUUGCACUGAAGUUGGUCAUGAUGGGAAUAACUGGGUGGCAACAAUUCCAUGUUUAAUGUAUACUGGUGAAGUAAGCUACCUUUGCUUUCUAUAAUGUCGCUGUAAAGCUUGUAGCUCCAUUGCCGCUGCUACAGUUGUUUUUCAAUACCAAGUAUACCGAACACUCAUUACAUUUACGAGUAUCACAACAUAUUAUUGACAAAGUUA